AACCUCAAAACACCAAUGGCAAGCGAAGAAACCAACUAACCCAUGCAUAACUAAUGGUGUGCCUCUUACAUCAUUUGAGUUGACAGCAAAUACCAUCAUCAUAUUACGACCACAGACGUUCUGAUAAUAAUCAUGGCUUCAAAAUGGUUUUCGAUGCCCAUUGAAUUUUCUUUAAAUGGCCUGCUGUUGGAGCAAUAAUUUGUAACAUGUAGUAGCACGAAUGACUUGUCGUUCCACCGAUAUUAAAGGAAACAGUUAGAAUGAAGUUUACGUUAACAACAGCUGUUUUGAUUUCCUUACAUGGACUGCUUUGCAAUGGGCUUCGGAAUCACGAAGAGAAAAUCGUAAGAGCAAACAAAUUGACUCGAUUUUUCCAGGAAAACAACAGCAGUCUGUCUACAAUGGAAAACUACACCAAAAAAGUCGAUAAGGAGACAGACAAACAUGAGUCACGUGUGAUAAAUGCUACAGCCGAGAAAGACGAAGAUCCGAAGGGUGUUAAACUAAUCUCCAAAAUUAAAAACUUUGAAACACAGAAAGAAACAAAGCAAAAGGAUCAGACAAAGCAUUCGCCAAUCUCUAAGCAAGCUCUAAAUGAAACUGUAAGUAGCAACACGACACACACAGAAAUCAACAAAACUCGACACAAGAAAACUAACAAAGAUGAAAAGAAACAAAAAGCUGUCAUUCGUCAAAUGUUAUGCGAGCUUUUCAAUAUUUCAAGAAAGAGCGAGGCCUGCAAAGACAUGCACCAUUCCAAGAAGGCAAUGAUAUGGCCAACCAAAAUGAUACCAUGGUUAAGAAAGGUGCUAAUUAACAAGCUUAAUCGCGGAUUCAACAAUCGCAUGUCUUUCAUGGAUAACUUGGAAGAUCCUACAGAGUCGCAGUUCAACGGUAGAGGCGUGUCUGACAACUGGGAUGGUAAUCCCUUUCUAAAUAUGCAUAGGAAACAUCGCCACGGUCUCAAAAUGGUUCCUUUGUUAAAGUCAUUGAAGGCAAAGUUGUAUGGUCAAAGACCGCCUGGUGAUUUCGGGAGUCUUAACGAUGCUUUAAAUGGCGAAGGACUCAAUGGAUUUGGACCUAUGCCGACUCAAAGCAGCUCGCACCUUAUUCAUCAAAUUCUAGGUCAGGCCUUAGGAAGUUCAGACAGAAAUUCAGUUUUAAACGAAAUGAUGCAAGAGUUUCUUCUUGCAAACAACCGCGAAGAAAGCGAAGGUAACGAAGGAUUUGCUGACUUCGCAGGAAGAAAUAGCCUUUCUCAACUUAACAAUGGUCUUCAGAGUUCUCCAGUCCUACCAGAACCCAGCCAAGGUAUCGGUAUGGGGCAAUUAGGUGCCAUGAACAUGUUUCAAGGUAAUAUGAGAUCACCUUUGGCGUCGGAACAACCUAUUCAUGCACAAAUGUUAGACAACGGUGCCAUAGCACCGAUGUCCAGUCAGUCAAUAGUCAACUCCCCCGCCUCGUCCUUUUUCGGGGGUCGUUCUCCCAUAGACAGGUCCGGGCUUAUCGGAAGCCCCCUUAGAAUGGCAACUAUGUCUGCCACGUCAAUCAGCUCGCCAACAUCAAGAAGUUCUCAACUUCAAAACUCUGUCCUACAAGCAUCCCAGCGUGGAGGUUCACUUCUGCAAAGAGCUGGCGGAUUUGACACCCCAAUAUCGUCAUCCGUGUUAGAGCACACGGCAAACCCAACUCAGCGGAUGUAUACUGAAGGUGAAGAAGAGGAGCAAGACAUUUCAAGCCAGGAAGGCAACUUCAUUGAGCGGGAUGAAGCCAAUGAAAGGCGUUUGCCACUGCGUCAACCAGUGGGUCAUAAUAUGGUUAUGGAAGAAAUUAGUGACAAUAUGGCAAGAGGCGUCAACCUUCCAGUGCAAAAUAACCCGGAUCUAAAUCGUAUGUUAAAGUUACGGUCUAACUUUCGAUCAACAGGGAGCCCUGUCAUAUCAAAAGUGUCUCGUCUUGAACUUGAUAAUAAUUUAGAACAUAGACUACGUCUGCCAGUUGCCUCCAACACGAUGGGAAUGGCUUCUGUCUUAUCCAAGGAUGAAGACGCCAUAAAUUUCGAAGAUUUGAACAAUGAACGUUCACUUGCAUUCAGGAGGGGAAAAGUCUUAAAGGGAAUAGGCAAUUCGCAUUUGCUUCCUAACGAAUCUAAAACAAUCCAUGAUAAAGCGAGCAAAGCCAAGAAUGGUUGAAAAUCCCGUCACACAUAAAAUAAAACCUCGUUACUUUUGGCCUAAAUCUAAGAUCUUAGAUAAAUUGUUUCCACGACAAACUGUAUUAACCUCCUACUAACCGAGUGCGAGGGCCGUACUGGGGGAUAUUGGUCCGAGGACGGGUCAAUAUUUCGCAAUACGGCUCGAGCAAGCUAGGUUAAUAAGUAGCUUAUUAUAUGGCUCCCCAACCUUGAAUUCGUCAGCUUUCAAAAACAAAAAAUACACGGCUUAUGACGGUUUCUAUGGAAACGUUGCGUGUGGCAAAAUCUCAUCCAAGAAAGAACCAAUCAGAACGUCCGGAUCUGCCUCAAUACUUUCUUGCCAUGUGAUAAUUGUGUUUAAUUUUGUAUAUUUGUUCAAAAAGUAUCAAGAUAAAGCGAGAUUAGUGAGGAACUAAAUCAAAUGGCUUUGGUCGAAAGCAAACAAGAAUAUAGUGUAAAUUAAGGGCAAAGAUCUGCCCUUGAUCCCUAUGAACAGGUCACUUAAUUAAUAGAGAAAGCAUGUAACGCAUGGAGAAUUGAAAUCAGCGUCGUUUCUGGAGAUACAGAACUGCGAUAUGUUCUUUAAUAUAAUCGUGGGAUUUUUAUUUCACACUCAACGAGCUAGGGAUAGCUGGGUUAUAUUUUUGAUUUCGCACCACAAGUAGAGAUUAAUCAUCAUCAAUCAUCAUUCACCAGCUUAUCUUGAGCGUAUAAAUUAGAAAUUUAUAAGCUUUAUUAUAAGCUUUAUGAAAUUUUAAAGAACACGAUGUUUCGAUCAAUUUCAGCUGUUUUAAAGGAAUUUCAAAAACUGUCAAGGAGCGGCAAGUUGAUUGAAAUAAGGAAUUAAAAGAUAUCCUGUUGUAAUUUCAAGGGCCCGUCUUUCGGGUGCUAUUGCAGUCAUAGUCAAGGUAUACCAGCCACAGUCACAUUACCUUAUUUGUCAGUAUACCUCUACUUCACCUAAUCAAAGGCUUGCUGAUCUUUCUCAUGUGAAAGAGUUUUAUUUUUUAAUUUUACAUUUUCUAACGAAAUAAAAUUUUUUUCUGCCACCUUUGGCUGUGUAAAGCCGUCUACCAACUCUAAAUAUAAACAGACGUGUGAAUAAUAACGAGAUAUAGUUUUUUGCCUACCGGGAAAAUACAUACACAUCGUAAUGCUGAAUGGAGCGCGCCGGCCAGAGGGUGAAUCCCUAACUUUAUUUCUUCUAAAAAUGAUGUGAAAUGUCAAAGAAGUCAUAACUUCUCCCGAAAAUAACCUCACCUCAUUUAAAACAAAUAUAAGCUUAGGCUUUGUAACGAACUUGUAAGAUAUAAAACUUCCCUACCAAUCCCAGCCUAACAAACAAUAUCCCCUUUAUUUAUUCCAGACUAUGACAGCCUCACCAUAACGUAUCGAGUCUCCAGACCUUUGUUGUAAAGCUAAGUGUCAAAAGGAAAUUUUCUCAUUGGAGAUUGUUUUAGCUCGGUUACACCUAUUUUACUUCAAUAAAUUAUGCUACGGUAGUUGCUCCAGGGGGAGGGAGAGCCAAAUGCAAAAUGUUUCUUUGAAGACAAGAACACCGGCCCAACGGUGCCAAUUAACCCUUUGGUAGACCGGAGGCGACCAAAAAUUGUAAUACGCAUCAAGGAUACGUUUUUCACCUAYACUGAGGUGCAUGCACACCACACAAUAGACCAUAUUCAUAUUCUCGGCAUUGGACUGAAACUAGCU